AUGGUUGCGGAAGAAGUUUUGCUUGAUUCUGAGGCCUUUUGUAGUUUAUCAUUGACCCAUAAAGUCGGGACAAACUCAAAUAUAGGUUUUCAGGAGAGGAAAGACGGUCCCCAACGCCGGGUACAAGGACCAUAUGCCUGCGAGAUAUGCAAUAAGUGUUACAACAAAAAGCACGAGCUAAACAGGCAUAUGAAACACCAUAUCAAGCCGGAGGUGUGCAAGUCGAAAGGUUGCGGACAUCGAUGCGCCGACCCGAGUGACUUGGAUCGACACGAACAGGUUUAUCAUUCUUCCGAAAAACGCCGAUUCAAGUGUAAUAAGUGUCCCAAGGGCUUCACACGAUCGGACAAUUUAACGCGCCAUCGGAAGAACUCAUGUAAACGCUGA